GUACCAAAUUAAACGUCACCAUCUAGGAGCCCCUCGAAACCUUCCUACAGCCACCACCGACGUUCGCUCAGCCCAGCCAAUACCCACCAGGUAUGCGCGACUUGGUUUGAGACUGAUACAAAGUCAAUUGGGUCUUUUUGCUAACAUCCAACUUUGCUUGGGCGCAGUUUGCCCAGCAUGCCUGAGACGACGACUCCCGCGCCCUCGAGCGCCAUCUCCCGACCCGUGAGCGAAGCGCUGCUGAACGAGAAGUGGGACAGAUGUUUAUCGAACAUGCUUAUUAAAUCGUCUCUUGGUUUCGGGUUCGGCGUCGUCUUCUCCGUUUUGCUGUUCCGAAGGCGCCCGUGGCCCGCCUUCGUGGGUAUUGGUUUCGGUGCCGGUCGUGCAUACGAGGAGUGUAAUUGGAGUUUGAAGCAAGCUUCGCGAGACCUCAAGAAGACAGCAUAAACUCUCUAAU